AUUCGUGACGUCACGUCCGCUGGUGGUGCUGAGGGGCGGAGAAGUUGGCAGAAGCAGUGGCAGCCAUAUUCUGUAUUUUCAUCGGCCCAAUAUUCUGAUCUUGUUUCUGCGCUGUAUCUUUGACAUCAUUGUCUUGCUCCGUACUCAAGUUGCGAAAUUUGCUUUGUUGUAGGACUAGGGUUAGGCUUUCAAAACCACAAUAAACUUAUCGCCCAUCUUCUAAAAUGGGUACCCGAGACGACGAAUACGACUAUCUGUUCAAAGUGGUGCUUAUUGGUGAUUCGGGAGUUGGCAAAAGUAACCUUUUGUCUCGUUUCACAAGGAACGAGUUCAAUCUGGAAUCUAAAUCCACCAUAGGUGUUGAAUUUGCAACAAGAAGUAUACAGGUUGAUGGUAAGACAAUCAAGGCUCAAAUAUGGGAUACUGCCGGUCAGGAACGUUAUCGUGCAAUUACAUCAGCUUACUACCGUGGUGCUGUUGGAGCAUUAUUGGUCUAUGACAUUGCGAAGCAUCUGACUUACGAAAAUGUUGAACGUUGGUUGAGAGAGCUCCGAGACCAUGCUGAUCAGAACAUUGUCAUCAUGCUCGUGGGCAACAAGUCGGACUUACGGCAUUUGAGAGCUGUCCCUACUGAUGAGGCAAAGAACUUUGCUGAACAUCAUUCACUUUCAUUUAUUGAAACAUCUGCUCUUGACUCAACAAAUGUGGAACUAGCAUUCCAAAAUAUUCUGACAGAAAUCUAUCGUAUUGUAUCUCAGAAGCAGAUUCGUGACCCACCAGAAGGAGACACCAUUCGCCCUCAAAAUGUAGAACCGAUUGAUGUGAAGCCCACUGUAAACGCUGACAGUGUGCGUAAACAGUGCUGUCAGUGACAAGAUGCCCCCUCAGUUAGUUGCGAUUUUGGACCAGGAGUGAUGUGGCGUGUAUUUGUGGUUUGAUCUUGUAGGCUCCACUCCACUUUGAUGCUACUUGAACACAGCUUGUCAUCUUGUACGACGUGACACAACACAUGCCAUUUGCUCUGUGUGCACACUCGUUCACUCACCACACACUCAUGCGGCCUAAACAAGUCUUUUAAUCUUUUUGAGGUUGCUGGACUAGUGGUUGUGCUGCCCCCUACUGUGAUCAGGGUAAUUCAAUGUAUGCAAUACUAGGAAGCAAAACCUAAAUGUGCUAGAUUUCUUAGCAUUACAAAGUAUCUUCAAUUCAAAUUUUUACUAGGUUAUAAAGUUUUGUGACAAUGUUUUGUAGUAUUUUAGUGGAUUGUUGACAAGUGCUUUGAGCAAUGAUAGGAAUGAAAUGGAUACCUUAGUUCCUAUGUUGGGGGUGUGCUGAGGAGAGUGUGCACUAGUGAGUUAGGGUAAUAUCCUAUGGUUUUAAGGACAGAUUACGUGUUUGAUACUUGUUGCAAGUGUUUGUGUGUGUGUGUGUUUGAGUGUGCGAAUGCAUGUGUGAAAGUGUGAAUGCCUGUGUGCAUGCAUGCGUGCAGACUUGCUGACAGUUCAUGCAGUUGAGUUUUUCACUCGUCAAGUCCUCUAGGGUUAAGGGUUCUCCAUUCUCUGCCAUCAGUCCAUCAGCCGUCCCAAAUGACCUGCAUACUCCUAUCAGGUGGCAGCAUGAUAUAUUGUAAUUAAUGAGUUUUAUAUUGUGUUUUGUACAUUGUUUAAAUUUAGCUGCGCUGUAUGGAGGGAAACCAAAGGGGUGGCUAUUGUAGAGCCACUGCAUCAUCAAGUAGAAUUAGGACUUCCCAACAACUACAACAGCAACAAAUAGAAAUCUUGAAGCGUUUUAAUUGGUCAUUUCUACAACUCUGGGUGUACUCUUUAAUUUUGCUGGGCUGCAACUGGUUGGCUUGCCAUUGGACUGGUGCGAGUAAGCUGGAGAGAUCUGCCAUAGGCACCUGGUUGUUAAUCAAAAUUUUAUCAAAAUGGGAGGAUACUUGCUGGCAAAGCUUCUCUCUUCCCCUCAUUGUGGGUUUACUUUUAAUUAAAUAUUUAUCAAAAGCUGUUAAAAAUGUAACAAGUUAUAAUUUUUACUUAAUACCUUUCCCAUUAUUUAGCAUUUAUGAGAUUAAUUAUGUUCCCAGUGAAGCGGCCCAGCUUUUAUUGUUUGGUGUUGUUUUACACAAGGCCCUUGUUAAAAUAACUUUUUCUCCCCUUUGAAGUAUUCUAUUUUGCGCCAUAAGAUGCACAAUUUACUCAAAGUUGUGCUGCCUUAAUAUCUGGAAUAAAUUUUUAUAACGUUGCUUUUUGUUACUCAGUGUUUAUUUUAUUCCUUUGUUCUUCAUGUUUUUCAUCAAAUGGUUGUGGAUGUAACUUUCUGGCAUUUACUUUGGGAGCAGAAUUAGUCAUCUAAGGAAUUUUUUUAAUGUAUUCAAAAGCAAUGUGUCAAGAAAACAUGCAACUUGUUCAGGGUUCCCUUUCAAAAAAAAAAAAAAAGCCAGGAGCUGUUUCAUGACUCUUCAACCUACCCUGUGAAGAAUGUGCCUUGAGGUGCUUGUGUCUGUAUUGCUUAAUUUUACUCAUUUAAAAAUUAUAUUUUGUGAUUAAGUACAAGACCAGCAUAAUUCAACUAAUGUCAAAUGCGAUGUGGAUGUUACGGGAAGUCAUGCUGCAUUGGGGGAAUACUCUCUUGAUAACAAAUGGAUAGAAAUCGAACUAGAAAGUAAACGUGGCAGCAUCUAAGUAAUUUUUUUAAAAAUGGCCAUGAGUGGCUUACUGUAUGUAUUUCUGGCCAGUUUCAAUACCAAUGAAAGUGAUGUUACUUAUGUAAGUAGUUUUAUAUUUAUCACCAUGUUACCUGGUGAUCUAAUUACUCUCAUAAUGGCAUAAUGGAGACCAUGUUUUGAGAAACAUGCCAGAAGAACAUGUGAUCUUUGACUAUGUGACUAUGUUGUUAUUGUUCCAUUCUUUUUCUUUAAACUAGUAAUAAAAAUUAGCCAUUUUAUCGCUCAGCGUGUCUUAUGCUUUUGACACAACUUGUGGAAGUGCAACAGACAGACGCUCAUAGCCUCCGAUAUAUGGUUGUUCACUUCUUAAACUAUAUUUAUGUCCUUAUGAAGCCUGAUGUUUUCUGGACAUGUCUAUGAACAGAUUUAAUAUCAAAUUAGAUAGGUUUCUAUUUGCAAUUUGUCAGAAUUCAUUACUAAAUUUGAAUACAUACAAACAUGUUUCAAUAAUGGUGCUUGUGAUUCUGAAAUUUUAAGUCUUAUGAUAAUGGUACUGAUCAUGCUGAGAGGACUUUUUCAUGAUGUACUUUUCAAGAGUAAAUUUUACCUCAUUCCUUUUCUUUUCUUUUGUUCAUAGCAUUCCUGUUGCACUGAACCCAAAGGCUGAUUUGUUAAGUUUGUAGUAAAAGGUGCCAUUUUUGACAUCUGUCUUAUUUCUGCUUUCUUACAUCUGCACCUCCUGUUAAUCUGUGUUGAGUGGUCUACCGAUUGAAUAAUUGUAAAAUGAUUUAGCAAAUAAAACUUGUUCUCCAAACCAGUAA